GAAUACGACAGGACCGCCAUUUUCUUAAUCCUCACAUCAUCUCUCCUUCAAUCCAAAGUUUGCUAAUCGUCAUGAUCAAACGAUGGCCAGAAACCACACGACCUCUAAAUUCCAGGUAGGGGUCAUUGCAGCCUUUGUCUCUCUAUUCCUCCUCCUUCCGGCUGUCUCUACAGCCCGCCACACCGUCCGCUACGAGAAUGUCCGGCAAUUCCUGCCACGACGAAGUAUGACUGCACUAGCCAUUGAGCGGAUUCUUCUCCUUGCGGAGAACCGCACGAAAGUGAUAACGGUGCGGAAGGACGGGUCGGGGGACUUUGCGACGGUCGCAGACGCCGUUAACAGCAUCCCAGCGGGCGUCUCGAGGCGUACUGUUAUCCAUAUUGGGCCCGGAUUGUACCGGGAGAAGGUGACGGUCGACCAUUCGAAGCCAUUCGUCACGUUCUACGGGGACCGGCACGCCAUGCCAAGGAUUUCGUUCGACGGGACGGCGGCGCAGUUUGGCACGUUCCUCAGCGCCACCGUGGCGGUCGAGUCUCACUACUUUGUUGCAUGCAAUAUCAUCUUUGAGAAUACAGCUCCAAAGCCUGCUGAUGGCCAAGCGGGAGCUCAAGCGGUUGCGAUGCGAAUAUCGGGGGACAAAGCAGCGUUCUACAACUGCAAAUUCUACGGGUAUCAAGACACGCUUUGUGACGAUAGAGGUAGGCAUUACUUCAAAAACUGCUUCAUUAGAGGGACGGUUGAUUUUGUCUUCGGCAAUGGGAGAUCCCUGUAUCGGAACUGUGAGCUACAUUCUGUUGCGGAUGGCGCCACGGCUAUCACAGCCCAAGCAAGGGAGAAUAUCUCCGACAAGAGCGGCUUCUCCUUCGUGUCCUGCAGGAUCUCCGGCACAGGAGAUGCGUUUCUGAGCCGUGCAUGGAAGCCGCGCUCUCGCGUCGUCUUCGCCUACACGUACAUGGGCAGUCUCGUCGACCCCCUCGGCUGGAGCGACAAGGGUUUACCCGAGCGACAGAGGACUGUGUAUUAUGGGGAGUACAAAUGCACGGGACCAGGUUCCGCGACUAAAAACCGCGUGAGCUAUGGAAAGAUACUGAACGAUAGUCAAGCGAGGCCCUUCUUGAGCAAGGAUUUCAUCAAUGGUGCAACAUGGCUUCUUCCUCCACCAAGAUUAAGAGCUUUCUAGGAAUAAAAUGAGCAAAUUAUAUAAUAUCUUUCUAGGAAUAAUCGUUGGCUUUCAAUCUUUCAUGUAGAUCCACAGAAAUUUACACAAGUUGGCCAACUGCUGAAAUUGGUAAGCAUGAAAUGAACAACAAAAGAAAGUUAAAAAGAGUUA